CGUAAUCGCUCUAUGGGUCAUUCAAGAGCGCAUAGUAGCAACUGUAGCAAGUGCUGGCAGGUGCUUGCAGUGAGCUGCAGUGCUGCAGUCGUUGCUAGUCGUUGCGCGCCGGUCAGCGGACGUGGGUUGCAGCAAGUGUAUCGAAGGGAGGUUUUUUCGAAAGCGCGAAUCAGCUAAUCGACCAUGUGUUCCACGAAGACACCGCGGAUUCUCUCAAUCCAGAGUCACGUAGUAUCAGGCUACGUCGGCAAUAAAAGUGCUACCUUCCCGUUGCAGUUGUUAGGUUUUGAGGUUGAUGCAAUCAAUUCUGUACAAUUGUCCAAUCAUACUGGUUACAAAGUAUUUAAAGGCCAAGUACUCAAUGAUAAAGAUUUGGAGGACCUAGUUGAUGGUUUAGUGCAAAAUGAUUUGAAUAAUUAUACACACUUACUGACUGGAUACAUUGGUUCUGCCUCUUUUCUGAAAAGAGUGGCAUUGCUAGUCACAACUUUGAAAGCCAAAAAUCCAAAUCUCAUGUAUGUUUGUGAUCCUGUUAUGGGUGAUAAUGACAAGCUGUACGUCCCAGAAGCUUUGAAAGAAAUUUAUAAAAAGGAGAUAGUGCCAUUGGCAGAUGUAGUAACUCCAAAUCAGUUUGAAUUAGAAUUACUUACAGAUAACAAAGUUACCAAUAUGAGUGAAUUGCAAAAUGCAAUUAAAAACUUACAUAAGAUUGGACCAAAAACUGUAGCUGUAUCGUCGACUGAGCUCAGCGACAAAUUAACAGCUGUAGUGAGCACCGCAAAAGAUGCUACGUUAAUAAAAGUGGACAUUCCUAAAAUACCAGCGACCUUCACCGGUUCUGGAGAUCUCUUUGCUGCAUUAUUCCUUGCUCAUGUGUAUUUGCAAAGUGACAUGAAAACUACUAUGGAAAAAGCUAUAAAUUCUUUGUAUAGCGUACUGCUUAAUACGUAUGAACAUUCUAAAGUGUAUAUGGAUAAUAAAGCACAACCUGCUAGAAAAAUCGAAUUGCAACUUAUACAAAGCAAGAACAGUAUUGAAAAUCCAGAGAUUCGUCUGUUUGCGGAAUCUUUACAAUAAAGUUAUGAGAAAUUGUUAAAGUUCAAAAGAAAUAGUUCAGAGUUACUUACUAAAAGAAAUGUAAUUUCAACUUUUCUUAAGUAUAUACAUAGUUUAUAUGAAGUUUUCUCCAUAACACUGUUAACGUGUGGCAUAAUAUAAAACAAAGCGACCGAUUCGUUGGCGAGUUUAAUCUCAAUCUAUGUAUAUGCCUCUAAGAUAACACAAAGGAAGGAUAUUUAAAAGGUAUCUAAAAUAGGAUUAUGAGACAUUUUUUACAAUAUUUUUGGAAAUAUGUAUUUAAUACAUCUCUUAUAUUGUCUGGGCUUAAUUUAUUAAAAAGUUUGUUAAGAAGUUUUUUAAGAGGUUGAAAAUUUUAAGAGCUAAUGAUUGAAAGAGCAUAAUAUGAAUGGUAAUCGUUUCGAGCAUUUAUCAAUUAUUCACAGCAUAACCAAAUACUUGUUGAAUAGCAUUUACAAUAAUGGAGAUUUCUCCAUCAAUAAUCACACCUCAAAGACCAAAUGUAUACCAAUGUAUGUCUUCCAAAAUGUAUAUAAUUUAUUUAUAUAUCAUAUGUUAGUUGCAAUAGACACAUAUAAAAUAAUUUUUAUUUUAUAUUGAAAUAAAUCUGAUAUUUUAAAAA